AUCGAAAGCCGAAAGAUCCGUGCGGCGAGAUUUUACUGAUGAUCAAAAAAUGAAGCUGCGCUAAAAUCUAGAUCCAAAUGCUGGACUGAGGAUGGAAGUUUUGGCUUUGCUUAGAUCUCGGAAUUGAGAAGCCCCACAGAGACAUGAUCCCUACCUCAAUGUAAAUCAAAGUCGAUCUUCAUCAAAACCGAACGAUCCCCUGGUCAAUGGAAAUGACGAUCAUCAUGAUGGUCACGACAGAGGAUCGAGGUCGAUCCACUUGUUCUGCCCGAAAUGAUAUUUGUGGAGGAUCUAUGAAGAGAUGCGUUCCGAUCAUGGCGUAGAUUGUUCUAAAUUGUCUGACACGAUCCCAUUUGCUGCCUGUUUCGAUUCCUGUUAUCGAAUUAUUUGUCUUUUGAUUCUCAACAGGGACGCACGAGCCUACGGAAGAGUAGUAGAGAGUUCUAGCACACAAAGCAUCACACAAAAUGACGAUUAAGGGCCUCAAGAAGAAGUCCGUCGCCAAGGGCAAGAAAGUCAACGUAUCACUUUUUUUUGUGUGAAAUUGCUCCUGGUGCAGUGUUAGUUUAUUUGGUCAUGCGACGCAGGAUGAUGUAUGAGUCGUGAUCCUCUGCAUUAUAUCUGUCCAGAACUACUUAAAAAGUAUCACUGAACUCAAAAAGCUCUGAAGUGUUGUACAACUCAAAAAGAAUCACUGAAACAUCUUUGCAAACAGGUUGCCUUUGUGGUGGACUGCCAACAGCCUGUCGAUGACAACAUUAUGGACCCGGCGGGCCUCGAGCAAUUCUUCAAGGAUCGCAUCAAGGUCAACAACAAAACCGGAAACCUCGGCGACAAAGUGAAGGUACAAGCAUGUAUUUCCUACUAUUUCGAUGUGAGAGUAGCAGAGUCAGAUAGAUCAUUAGCAGCGUGAAGCUGAUGCGCAAAGUUUGUGUGUCCCAAUCAAGGCGUUGCGAUACGGUUUUUGUACUGCGCUGCGCACAGUAUAACGCACGCUCCGUGAGUCGUUAACGCGCGCUCCGCGAGUAUGUGGAAAUGUCACGUGCGCUCCGUGAGUCCGAAAUUUUUUGAGUAGUGCAGACAGUACAACGCGAAGAAAUUGAAAUGAACCAAAACUUCAGUGGGAUAUUUCGCCAAUAACCAACUUUUAAAAAUCACAGAUCACUCGGGACAAGAGCAAGAUUACCGUCAAUGCGGAACUGCCGUUCUCCAAGAGAUACUUGAAGUACCUGACCAAGAAGUACUUGAAGAAGCAGCAGCUGCGCGAUUUUUUGCACGUCGUCGCUCCGAGCCGCAAGACCUACGAGCUCCGCUACUUCAACAUCAACGCCGAUGAAGAGGAGGAUUAAAGAAUCUACGAAGCGUGCGUAGCUUCCUCGAGAAGAGACAAUCGGUCAUAGACGCUAUAUGAUCAAACCCGUGUGCUUGCUUUGAACAGAACCUCAAAAAUCUCUCUUCGCCCUAAGGCUGUAUACUCUGUCACUCUAGCUGUGGAACGGGGGACCCUUUGAGUCCUUCCGCUCGAGGCUAGUUGCUCACUUACGAGCGGGCGCGGAACGCUUUAAAUGUCGAAAGCGGAAGAAAGAGAGCUGUGUUCAAGUAAGUUCUAAAUCGUGUUGAUUGUGAUUCGUG